GUUUGAUGACAAUUAGAAGCAUGCUUUCCACUGAACUUCUGACACCAUUUGUGAUGCAGAAUGUCUUUGAAUGAGAACGAGGUUUUUGCCUAUGAAUCUUCAGUGCACAGCACCAAUGUCUUGCUUAACCUCAAUGACCAGAGGAAAAAAGAUGUGCUGUGUGAUGUCACUGUCUUUGUUGAAAGCCAGCGAUUCCGUGCCCACCGGGCCAUGCUGGCAGCGUGUAGCAGUUAUUUCCAAGCAAGAAUUGUAGGCCAGGCUGAUGCUGAGCUUAACAUUACUCUCCCAGAAGAGGUAACAGUUAAAGGAUUUGAACCUUUAAUUCAAUUUGUCUACACUGCUAAACUGAUUUUAAGUAAGGACAAUGUGGAUGAAGUGCGCAAGUGUGUGGAAUUUUUAGGUGUUCAUAAUAUUGAGGAAUCCUGCUUUCACUUUUUCAAAUAUAAGUGUUUGGAUUCCAAUGUAGACCAGCAAGAAUUCCCAAGAAAAAAAUGCUUCCCAUCACACUGUCAGAAAACAGACUUUAAAUUUUCACUUUUGGACCAGAAGGAUCUAGAAGUUGAUGAAGUGGAAAAAUUUCUGGAAAAUGAGAAUGUUCAGACUCCUCAUUCUAAACUCAGCCAGUAUCAAGGGAAUUCAAAAGCAUCACCUCCUCUACAAGACAGUGCCAGUCAAACAUGUGAGUCCAUGUGCUUAGAAAAGGAUGCUGCUCUGGCUUUGCCAUCUUUGUGCCCUAAAUACAGAAAAUUCCAAAAAGCAUUUGGAACUGACAGAGUCCAUACUGGGGACUCUAUUGUCAAAGACAAUCAGGCUUCCUCUGUUCAGCCAAAUGAGACAUCUGAAAAUGAAUGUCUAGGAGGAGUCCAGGAUUGUGCAGAUUUACAGGUGAUUUUAAAAUGUGAAGAAAGUAAAACACCAGCAGAACGUGAAGAAACAAAGAAGAAAGAUCUUACUUCUGAGUGUCCAACAGUAAAAGCAGAAGUGACUCCUUUCCCUCAUAAUUCUUCCACAGACCCUCAUGGACUCUAUUCUUUGUCUCUUUUACACACAUAUGACCAAUAUGGUGACUUGAAUUUUGCUAGUAUGCAGAACACAGCAGUGUUAACAGAAAAGCCUUUAUCAUGUACAGAUGUCCAAGAAGAGAAGACAUUUAGUGGAAGUCAGGAUUUACAUUUGAAAUCUGACGCUGGUCCCAGGGAAGAUAGUAGCCUUGCCUCUAGUGAUCGGAGUAGUGUGGAACGAGAGGUGGCAGAACAUCUUGCAAAAGGCUUCUGGAGUGACAUUUGCAGCACAGACUCUCCUUGCCAAAUGCAGUUAUCACCUGCUGUAGCCAAAGAUGUUCCAGAACAGAUCUACUCACAGAAACGGUUUGAGUGUCCCUGGUUGGGUAUCAGGAUCAGUGAGAGCCCAGAACCAGGUCAGAGGACUUUUACAACGUUAAGGUCUGUCAACUGCCCUUUUAUAAGUACUCUAAGUACUGAAGGAUGUUCAAGCAGUUUGGAAAUUGGAAGUGAUGAUUAUGUUCCAGAACCGCAGCAGGAACCUUGUCCGUAUGCUUGUGUAAUUAGCUUGGGGGAUGACUCUGAGACGGAUACAGAAGGAGACAGUGAAUCCUUUUCAGCCAGAGAACAGGAAUGUGAGGUAAAACUGCCAUUCAAUGAACAACGAAUAAUUUCACUCUCUCGAAAUGAUUUUCAAUCAUUGUUGAAAAUGCACAAGCUGACUCCAGAACAACUGGAUUGUAUCCAUGAUAUUCGAAGAAGAAGUAAAAACAGAAUUGCUGCACAGCGCUGUCGCAAGAGAAAACUUGACUGUAUACAAAAUCUUGAAUCAGAAAUUGAGAAACUGCAAAAUGAAAAAGAGAGCUUGUUGAAGGAAAGAGAUCACAUCUUGUCAACUCUGGGUGAGACAAAGCAGAACCUAACUGGACUUUGCCAGCAAGUCUGUAAAGAAGCAGCUCUAAGUCAAGAACAAAUACAGAUCCUUGCCAAGUACUCAGCCUCAGAUUGCCCACUUUCGUUUUUAAUUUCUGAAAAAGAAAAAAGUACGUCUCAUGGUGAACUGGUAUUACCAUCAAUUUUUAGCUUACCUGAUGGGCCUCCAGCUGUGCUGCCUGCCAGUGAGCAAGGCCCUUGCUACCCCUGUGCAAGAGAAAACAAUGGGUCCGAGUCUGGUUGUGAGGGGGGGCAAGAGUCACAGCAGACGUCCAUAGCUGCCUGUGCGCGUUCUGGGCUGAUGGAACAGUGUCGUCAGAGUGGAGGCAUUUCAGAUUUCUGUCAGCAGAUGACUGAUAAGUGUACUACUGAUGAGUAAACAUGGAUUUGCAUUCACUACCUUCAAACC